AUGAGCGAAAAGGCCCGCCUAAAAUGUACUGUCUAUGUGGGGGGUCUUGACCAGGCCGUUACCGUGCAGACACUGGCCGAGGCAUUCGUCCCAUUCGGUGAAGUCGUUGAUAUCACGCUACCUAAGCCUGAUGUGCCCAACUCAGGCGAUCUUCACCGGGGCUUUGGAUAUGUGGAGUUCGACCUGCCUCAGGACGCUGCGGAAGCGAUUGACAAUAUGGAUGGAAGCGAGCUGUAUGGCCGUACAAUAAAGGUCGCAGCCGCGAAGCCGCAGAAGGAAAGCAACGAAGGGCUGGGAAGCAAGACAGCAAUUUGGGAGCAGGCAGGAUAUUUGGCCAAAUACGCAGUCAGUGAGGAGGAUAAGAUGGCAGCAGAAGAGGCCAGGGCAGCAAGCGAAGGCGCUCCUGAUCCCAUGCAGGGAUUAGAGGAGCUGGAUGUCGCUGGGCCGAAGCCAGAAUGA